UUUUUUUUUUUUUAUAAAUCAAUCUCCAUUUCACUCUAUAUAAAUGUCAUCCCUUGAAAAUCGACCACGUUCUUCAUCAUACUCUAAUAGUAGAAAGGGUCUAUUUGCCACACCAUCACAACAUUAUCCAUCCCCUACCAGUUCUUUACCUUCUAUGUCUGUCACUUCUCCUACUUUCCCUUCUUUCCAUCCUCAACAACAACAACAGCCUGAUUAUCAUCAAAGGAACCAUCAUCCUUCAUCUCCUCCUCAACAACAGCAAUCACAGGAACAUCAUCAUCAUCAUCAUAAGAAUCAUCAUCAUCAUCAAGGAAAUCGGCGGUAUUCUAAACAUCGACUUAGUAACGCAUCCAGUACAACACUAUCAUCCUUCAAUAGUUAUUAUUCUACUGUAUCUACUACUUCUCGUCCUUUACGAACGUUUGAAAUUAUGUUUACCAACAUCAUUGAUGCUUUGAUUUUCACCUCUGCUAUUGCCAUUACAGCUUAUAAUUAUUGGAUGGGUUAUAUUGUAGAAACACCCAGACUUUAUGGUCAACAACAACAAAGUAGUAAGUCUCAGGACGCAUCAUUAUUGAAACGUUUGGAUAUCCCAUCGCCUCUAUCUUCAAACAAAUAUCAUCGCCCUUCAUUGGAUUCAUCCUCUUCUCCUUCUUCACCUUUACCUUGUGCUACAAGAGACCCAUGGUUGCUUUUGAAACGUACUGAAAUGGAAGCCCCCGAACCUCAAACGCAACAGCAAAAUGUAUCAGCAAAAAAAGAAAUGAUUCAUAUUGUCAAUAAAAAUGACGACGAUGAUGAUGAUGAUGAUCAUGUCAACGAACAACAUGAUGAUGAACAAGAAGAAGAGGAAGAAGAAGAAGAAGAAGAAGAUUGUGUCAACCGUAUGGAAGAAACAUUACAAGCUCUGAUUCGACAAGGCCAAGAAGCUUUAACUUCACCUAUUGAUUGGCAAUAAAUAUACCAUUCUUCAUCAUCAUCAUUAUUAUUAUAACAUAGCAUAUCCCACCCCCUUAUUUAUUUAUUUUAGUUAUUAUGAUUAGUUUUUUUUUUUUUUUCUUUAUAAAUGAUAUUUCCCAUCUCUCCUGUACAAAAUACAUACUAUUUUUAUUUUCCUUCUUCUUCUUAUGACUUGCCUAAAAAGGAACAGUGCACCUUACCGGAGGUCUAACAUUUUCUUUUUUUUUCACAUUUCCCUGAACUUGUUCAAUUCCUUCUGUGCAUAACGAUGAUUCCUUUUCCAUUGGUCUUGCAUACACACAUACAAAUAGAUAUAGUUUCCCAUUUUUAUUAUGAUCAACAUUUCAGAAAAUAAGAAUACUAUACUAAAUGAAUAA